GACUUGGUCAGCGGCACCACAUCUAUUCAGCGUGCCGGACACACGCUGUUUAUUUAGCCCGGCUGUGGACAAUGGCUGGAGUUUCGCCUGGACUGAAGUGGCGCGCCUCAUGGAUUUUAUUGUUUUCCCUGUUUAUCCACUACACAACAGCUCAAGAUGAUGUGCCGCCCUACUUUAAGACGGAGCCGGUGCGGAGCCAGUUGCACCUGGAGCGUAACAGGCUGGUGUUGACAUGUAUGGCGGAGGGGAGCUGGCCCCUGGAGUUCAAAUGGAUCCAUAAUGGCACUGAGCUCACACGGUUCUCAUUGGAGUACAGGUACCUGAUUCCCUCCCUGGACCGCUCCCAUGCUGGCUUCUACCGAUGUAUCGUCAGGAACCGUGUAGGAGCCUUACUACAGAGGAGGACUGAAGUACAGGUGGCAUUCAUGGGCAGUUUUGAAGAGGGUGAGCGUGCCCAGUCGGUCUCUCAGGGGGAGGGGGCGGUUAUUCCCGCUCCACGCAUCAGGAGCUUUCCCCAGCCGCAGGUCACAUGGUUCAGAGACGGACGCAAGAUUCCGCCCAGCAGCCGCAUAGCCAUUACCCUGGACAACACUCUGGUCAUCCUGUCCACGGUGGCCCCUGAUGCUGGACGCUACUAUGUACAGGCGGUCAACGACAAGAACGGGGAGAACAAGACCAGCCAACCCAUCACCCUGUCUGUUGACAAUGUGGGUGGUCCUGCAGACCCUAUCGCCCCCACCAUAAUCAUCCCCCCCAGGAACACCAGUGUAGUGUCAGGCACGUCUGAAGUUACCAUGGAGUGUGUCGCCAACGCCAGACCCCUGAUCAAACUCAGCAUCACAUGGAGGAAGAACAGGGUUCUUGUCACCAGUGGUCUGAGUGACUUCAACCGCAGACUGACCAUUAUCAGCCCUGUGGUCAGUGACUCAGGGUUCUAUGAGUGUGAGGUGGUCCUCCGCAGCAGCAGUGUGCCUUCUGUCAACGCUGGGGCCUACUUACAUGUUCAAGAGCCCCCCCAAUUUGUGAAGGAACCAGAGAAACACAUCACUGCUGAGAUGGAGAAAGUGGUGGAUAUCCCCUGCCAGGCACGAGGUGUGCCUCAGCCAGACAUUGUGUGGUAUAAGGAUGCGGUGCCUAUCAGUCCGGUGAAGACCCCGAGGUACAGGGUGUUGGUGGGAGGCAGUCUGCAGGUCAACGGCCUUCUGCCCGACGACACAGGAAUGUUCCAGUGUUUCGCCCGGAACCUAGCUGGAGAGGUGCAGACCAACACCUACCUGGCUGUCACUAGCAUCGCCCCUAACAUCACAGCUGGGCCAUCCGACAGUACAGUGAUUGAUGGCAUGUCAAUCAUCCUCCACUGUGAAACAUCAGGAGCUCCCAGACCGGCCAUCACCUGGCAGAAAGGUGAGCGUGUCCUGGCCAGUGGUUCUGUCCAGCUGCCCAGGUUCACCCUGCUGGAGUCAGGCAGCCUGCUCAUCUCUCCCUCCCACUUAUCAGAUGCUGGCACCUAUACCUGCAUGGCCAGCAAUUCCCGGGGCAUAGACGAGGCUGCUGCUGACCUGUUGGUGUGGGCUCGUACACGAAUCAACACCCCCCCCCAGGACCAGAGUGUCAUCAAAGGCACCAAGGCCACCAUGACCUGUGGAGUUACACACGACCCCAGUGUCACCGUUAGGUAUGUAUGGGAGAAGGAGGGCUCGGUCAUCAACGCCCAGUCUAUCCCCCGUAUCCGGCUGGACUCUGAUGGUACCCUUCACAUCUCCCAGACCUGGUCAGGUGACAUCGGGACCUACACCUGCAGGGUCACCUCUGUAGGGGGCAACGACUCCCGCAGCGCACACCUCCGAGUCAGGCAGCUGCCCUAUGCCCCAGAGAACCCUGUGUCUCUGCUGAGCUCCUCAGAGAAAAGGGCCAUCAACCUGACAUGGACCAAACCCUUUGACGGGAACAGCCCCCUAAUCCACUACGUCCUGGAGGUCUCCGAGAACAACGCUCCCUGGGCUAUCCUCCUGGCCAACAUAGAGCCUGAGUCGACCGCGGUGACAGUCAGUGGGCUCAUCCCAGCACGCUCCUACCAGUUCCGCCUGUGUGCCGUCAAUGACGUGGGAAAGGGACAGUUCAGCAAGGAGACUGACCGUGUAUCUCUACCAGAGGAACCUCCCAGUGCUCCUCCCCAGAACGUGAUCGCCAGCGGCCGCACCAACCAGUCCAUCAUGAUCCAAUGGCAGCCCCCACCAGAGAGCCACCAGAACGGGAUCCUCAGAGGCUACAGCGUCCGGUAUCGUCUGACAGGUCUUCCAGUGGACUACCAGAGUAAGAACAUCUCCAAACCAGACGUGACCAACCUUCUCCUGGAAGAUCUUAUCAUCUGGACCAAUUAUGAGAUCGAAGUGGCAGCCUACAACUGGGCGGGGCUAGGAACCUUCAGCCACAAGGUCACUGAGUGGACGUUGCAAGGAGUGCCGACUAUAGCCCCCAGUAACGUUCAGGCAGAGGCUGUCAACUCCACAACCAUCCGUAUCACCUGGGCCGCCCCUAACCCUCAGUUCAUCAACGGGAUCAACCAGGGAUACAAGCUGUUGGCAUGGGAGCCAGGUCAGGAAGAGGAGGUCACCAUGGUUACAGUGAGACCUAACUUCCAGGAUAGCGUGCAUGUGGGCUAUGUGACAGGGCUGAAGAAGUUCAGAGAGUACGACACCUCUGUGCUUUGUUUCACUACGCCAGGGGAUGGCCCCCGCAGCCCUGCUAAAGGCCUUAGGACACAUGAGGACACUCCUGGGGCUGUGGGUCACCUGAGCUUCACAGAUAUCCUAGACACGUCUCUCAAAGUGAGCUGGAGAGAACCUGGAGAGAAGAAUGGAGUCCUCACAGGCUACCGUAUCUCGUGGGAGGAGUUUAACCGCACCAACACACGGGUGACCCACUACCUCCCCAACGUGACCCUGGAGUACCGCGUCACAGGGCUGACCGCCCUCACCACCUACACCAUCGAGGUGGCCGGCAUGACCUCCAAGGGUCAGGGACAACUGUCCUCCUCCACCAUCUCUUCUGGAGUACCUCCAGAGCUGCCGGGUCCUCCCACCAACAUGGCCAUCUCCAACAUAGGCCCCCGAUCCAUCACCCUCCAGUUCAAACCUGGCUAUGAUGGAAAGACCUCCAUCUCUCGCUGGCAGGUAGAGGCCCAGGUCAGUGUGAUAGGAGACAAUGAAGACUGGGUGAUUGUUCACCAGCUGCCCAACGAGCCUGAUGCCCGCUCCAUGGAGGUGCCAGGACUCAACCCAUACACUUUCUACAGGUUCCGUAUGCGUCAGGUAAACAUUGUGGGGACCAGUCCUCCAAGUCAGCCCUCCAGAAAGAUCCAGACCUUGCAGGCCCCUCCAGACAUGUCCCCCGCAAACGUCACCCUGCGCACGGCCAGCGAGACCAGUCUGUGGCUUCGAUGGGUGCCCCUACCAGAGUGGGAGUACAAUGGGAACCCAGAUCUGUUGGGUUACCGGCUCCAGUACUCCCGUACAGGCUCCCAGGGUAAGGCACUGACCCAUGUGAUAGCUGACCGGCUGGAGAGGGAGUUCACUAUCGAGGACCUGGAGGAGUGGACAGAGUAUGAGGUCAGGGUUCAGGCUCUCAACGGUAUCGGCGCCGGGCCCUGGAGCCAGCCAGUCAGAGGGAGGACCAGGGAGUCUGUCCCCUCCUGUGGCCCUACCAACAUGUCAGCCUUCGCCACCACCUCCAGCAGUAUCCUGGUGCGCUGGUUUGAAGUACCAGAACAAGACCGGAAUGGACUUAUCUUGGGCUACAAGGUGUUGUAUAAGGAGAAGGACUCCGACUCGUCCCUCCAGUUGUGGACAAUAGAGGGGAACGCCAGCCACAGUGUCCAGCUGACUGGUCUGGGGAAAUACGUCCUUUAUGAGAUCCAGGUCCUGGCCUUCACCCGCAUUGGAGACGGCAUGCCCAGCUCACCACUCAUACUGGAGAGGACCCUGGACGACGUGCCCGGCCCUCCAGUGGGCAUCCUGUUCCCUGAGGUCCGGACCACCUCGUUGCGUCUCAUCUGGCAGUCCCCGUCUCAGCCAAACGGCAUUAUCCUGGCCUAUCAGAUCACGUAUCGUUUGAACUCGAGCAACAGCAACACGGCCACAGUGGACGUGCUGAACCCGAGUGCUCGUCAGUACAUGGUGACGGGCCUGAAAAAAGAUUCCAUGUAUGUGUUCCGCAUCACAGCCCAGACACGCAAGGGCUGGGGAGAGGCCUCAGAGGCACUGGUGGUCACCACCGAGAAGAGAGCUCGCCCCCAGCCCACCAAUCGUCCCAUGGUGCCCCAGAAGGAUGUUCUGGCCCGCAGUGUGUUGUUGUCAUGGGAACCAGGCAGCGAUGGCCUCUCUCCGGUCCGCUACUACACCGUGCAGCUGAGAGAACUGCCCGACAGCAACUGGACUAUCCACUCUGCCUCGGUCACCCACGAGGCCAGCUCCUACAUAGUUGGCAGGCUGAAGCCCUUCACCUCCUACCAGUUUAGAGUGAAAGCCACCAAUGACAUAGGAGACAGUGAAUACAGCGAGGAGAGUGAAGCUAUCACGACACUACAGGACGCCCCUGACGAAGCCCCCACAAUCCUCUCUGUCACGCCACACACAACUACAUCCGUGCUGAUUCGCUGGCAGCCUCCGCCUGAGGAGAAGAUUAACGGUAUCCUCCUGGGCUUCCGGAUACGGUACCGGGAGCUCCUGUACGCCCGUCUCCUCAGUUUCUCCGUACUCACUGCCAACAGCCCCUCUGCUACCUGGGCCGAGCUCACCUCCCCCUACAGCGUGCGAAACCUGAGCGAGUCCUCUCUCACCCAGUAUGAGCUGGAUAACCUGAGCAAACACAAGCGCUAUGAGAUCAGGAUGAGUGUGUAUAAUGUCAUGGGGGAGGGACCAACCAGCACACCACAGGAAGUGUUUGUCGGAGAGGCAGUACCCACUGCCCCACCCCAGAACGUGGCCAUCCAAACAGCAACGGCCACCCAGCUGGAUGUGACGUGGGAGUCUCCUCCAUUGGACACUCAGAACGGAGACAUCCAGGGCUACAAGGUGUACUUCUGGGAGCUCCAGCGUAAGAACGAGACAGAAAGGCUGCGGACUCUGUUCUUGCCAGAGGGAGGGGUCAAGCUGAAGAACCUGACUGGAUACACCACCUACAUGAUAAGUGUGGCCCCCUUCAAUGCAGCUGGGGACGGGCCCCGGAGCCCCCCGACCAGGGGCCGCACACAGCAGGCUGCCCCCAGCGCUCCCAGCUUCAUCCACUUCAGUGAGCUGACCACUACUUCAGUCAACGUGUCCUGGGGUGAGCCCACCUACCCCAACGGCAUCCUGGAGGGCUACCGGCUGGUCUACGAGCCCUGCACCCCUGUGGACGGCGUCAGUAAGAUAGUGACGGUGGACGUCAAAGGGGCCCCGUUCUGGAUGAAGAUCAAGGAUCUGGCUGACGGGGUGACCUACAACUUCAGGAUCCGGGCCAAGACAUUCACCUAUGGGCCUGAGGUGGAGGCUAACAUCACCAUGGGGCCUGGGGAAGGAGCCCCCGGCCCCCCUGGAGAGCCCUUCAUCUCUCGCUACGGCUCAGCUCUGACCAUCCACUGGGCUAACGGUGACCCCGGGAGGUCACCUAUCACACGCUACGUCAUCGAGGCCAGACCCUCAGAUGAAGGCUUGUGGGAUAUCUUGAUCAAGGACAUCCCAAAGGAAGUGACGUCAUACACCUUCAACAUGGACAUUCUGAAGCAAGGGGUUAGUUAUGACUUCCGGGUCAUUGGAGUGAACGACUACGGCUACGGAUCUCCUAGUCCACCCUCAGCCUCCAUAUCUGCCAAAAAGGUGGCGCCGUUCUAUGAGGAGUGGUGGUUCCUUGUGGUGGUGGCUCUCGUGGGACUCAUCUUCAUCCUUCUACUGGUCUUCAUCCUUAUCAUCAGAGGACAGAGCAAGAAGUACGCCAAGAAGUCUGAAUCAGGGAACAACUCUAACUGUAAUGCCCUGACCCAUGGAGAUAUGGUCAGCCUGGACGAGGGACGCUUCCCCGCCCUGGAACUCAACAACCGCCGGCUGUCCGUCAAGAACUCUUUCUGCCGUAAGAACGGCGUCUACACCAGGUCUCCUCCUCGGCCCAGCCCAGGCAGUCUAAACUACUCUGAUGAGGAUUUGAGCACCACCAAGUACAACGAUCUGAUCCCAGCUGAGACCAGCAGCCUGACCGAGAAGCCAUCUGAGAUAUCAGACUCUCAGGGCAGUGACAGUGAGUAUGAGGUGGACCAGAACAGACAGAAGACCCACUCUUUCGUGAGCCACUACAUCAGUGACCCAACCUACUACAACUCCUGGCGCCGCCAACAGAAAGGCAUUUCCAGGGCUCAAGCCUACAGCUACACUGAGUCAGAGUCGGGCGACCCAGAGCCCUGCGCCCCGCCACCACCCCUGCCCCCAUUGCCACCCCAGCUCACCUCCACCACCCCUCCGCUUAAGCUCCAGACCCAGGGUCAAGCCCAGGGCCAACCCCAGGGCCUCCCACCCCAGGGCCAAGGUAGUCUCUUCAGGCCUAAAGGCAGCCGGACUCCCACCCCCUCUCAGCAGCUCUCCACCUCCACCCCCUCCAGCCACUCCAACACCCUGUCCUACUGGCCCCCCAGCAGCCCCAGCCCUGCCCCUGGAUCUCGGGCCCCAAUUGCCGGGUUCUCUUCCUUCGUUUGAUGCAAAGAGAGGGAUCCGUGCUCCCUUCUGAAAACAAAGCCCACCCCGCCGCCCAAAGUGUGUUUGUUUAGAGAGUAAACACAAAACACACAACAAACAAACCCUCAAAGUCUAUCAUUUUCAUUUUGGUUUCUGUCAUGGCUGGUUUUAUUCAAAACAAUUCUUGCUUGUAUUUCUAUUUUCUUUUUAUUGCUGAGUUAUGUUUUAACGAACAUACUGUAUACAGACAGGACAGAAGUUACAUACUUUCUUUCAGUACUUUUUUCCUCUUGUGUGCGUGUGCUGGUAUAGUUUUAUUUUCAUUUUUUAAUGACGACAGCUACUGAGACAGCUCCUUAGAAUAUGAUAGUAUCUUUUUGCUUUUCUGUUAGUGUUGCUGCUUGAUCAAGUUGCAUGAGUUUUUUUAAAAUAUAAUUUAUUUUUAUUUUUCAUUGUUACACUUCUACACACAUUCAACAAGAGAAUAAUCUAGUUAGGUUCUGUAAAAAGUCAAGAUAUUCUUGUAAAAAAAUAUCUAGAAGAUGAUAAAAGUGUCAUGGCGUCGAUCCACACUCGGAUAACACCAAGUGAUAAGCACCAAGUGGGAUCCCAAAAUGGAGCCAUACUAGCGAAUUUGAAUGAUAAAGAGGGGCACAGGGUAUAGAAAGGACAGGACAAAGUGAUGAAAGUGAAAAACGAGGAGGGGGGAAAUUGAGGCCGAAAUGGGCCCACCAUUAUUCUGGUGGUUUUGAGAUGCCGGGGCCUGUCCAAUUUGGCCAAAGGGAGUUUCUGUCUUCAUGUGAGACAUGUUAGUGACCUCUGCCCAAAGAUCUAUGGACCAUGACCCUCCUUGGAAUCAGCUCUCUGGCGUGGCAUAGCCUAUACCACAUGCACAAUUGAGUUUGACAGCAUUUCGAUGUCACAGGCAAGUCACAUCUCUGUGCCUCUGUGCUGUACGUACUAUACAAGGGCCCGGUCACCUGGCCAGGGAGGAGACGGGAAAUGAAGUGAAAUGUACUAUAUGUCUAAAGAGAAAAUGUUCAGGUUGGUCUUCAAGUUUUGUUUUUCAAUGUCCGUCAGUGUAUCAGACAUGCAUUGAUUGAUUAUAAAUAGGGAUUAAUAUUUUCCGUAAAAUCUACCACUUUUCCUUCCCGACAAAAUUACAAGCCCUUCCCGGGAAUCCUGUUAUUCCCGUUCAAACCGGAAAUGCUAUUUUAAAGCAUAUAUUACCAGCAAAAAAAAUCUGACAGAGUUAUACCACUGUAAAUUGAUAAAUAUACACAGGAAUCUAACAGUUACUUGUUGUAUUUGUUGCAAUUAAACAAGUUCUCAGUCAAUACACUAAGUAUGUGAACCCUUUGGAAUUACCUGGAUUUCUGCAUAAAUUGGUCUUAACAUUUGAUCUGAUCUUCAUCUAAAUCACAACAAUAGACAAACACAGCCUGCUUAAACUAAUAACACACAAACAAUUACACGUUUUAAUGUCUUUAUUGAACACACCGUGUAAACAAUCACAUCCUUUGGCAACAAUAAACCCAACCAAACGUUUUCUGUAGUUGCGGAUCAGACCUGCAGAAUGGUCAGAAGACAUCUUGGACCAUUCCUCUUCACAAAACUGUUUCAGUUCAGCAAUAUUCUUGGGAUGUCUGAUGUGAACCGCUCUCUUGAGGUCAUGCCACAGCAUCUCAUUUGAGUUGAGGUCAGGACUCUGACUGGGCCACUCCAGAAGGCUUAUUUUCUUCUGUUGAAGCCAUUCUGUUGUUGAUUUACUUCUGUGUUUUGGGUCGUUGUCCUGUUGCAUCACCCAACUUAUGUUGAGCUUCAAUUGGCGGACAAAUAGCCUUACAAUCUCCUGCAAAAUGUUUUGAUAAACUUGGGAAUUCAUUUUUCCGUCGAGGAUAGCAAGUUGUCUGGGCUCUGAGGCAGCAAAGCAGCCCCAAACCAUGAUGCUCCCUCCACCAUACUUUACAGUUGGGAUGAGGUUUUGAUGUUGGUGUGCUGUGCCUUUUUUUCUCCACACAUAGUUUUGUGUGUUCCUUCCAAACAACUCAACUUUAGUUUCAUAUGUCCACAGAAUAUUUUGCCAGUAGCGCUGUGAAACAUCCAGGUGCUCUUUUGCGAACUUCAGAUAUUCAGCAAUGUUUUUUUUGGACAGCAGUGGCUUCUUUUGUGGUGUCCUCCCAUGAACACAUUCUUAUUUGGUGUUAUAUGUAUCGUAGACUCGUCAACAGAGAUGUUAGCAUGUUCCAGAGACUUCUGUAAGUCUUUAGCUGACACUAGAAUUCUUCUUACCCUCAUUGAGCAUUCGGCACAGUGCUCUUGCAGUCAUUUGCAGAAUGGCUACACAUAGGGAGAGUAGCAACAGUGCUGAACUUUCUCCAUUUAUAGACAAUUUGUCUUACCGUGAACUGAUAAUGUCAUGGCUUUUAGAGAUACUUUUGUAACCCUUUCCAGCUUUAUGCAAGCCAACAAUUCUAAUCUUAGGUCUUCUGAGAUCUCUUUUGUUCAAGGCAUGGUUCACAUCAGGCAAUGCUUCUUGUGAAUAACAAACUCACAUUUUGAGAGUGUUUUUUAUAGGGCAGGGCAGCUCUAACCAACAUCUCCGAUCUCGUCUCAUUGAUUGGACUCCAGGUUAGCUGACUCCUGAAUCCAAUUAGCUUUUGGCGAAGUCAUUAGCCUCGGGGUUCACAUACUUUUUUCCAACCUACACUGUGAAAGUUUACAUGAUGUAUUCAAUAUCGACAAGAAAAAUACAAUAAUUUGUAUGCUAUUAGAUUAAGCAAUUUAUCCAGGUAAUUCCAAAGGUUUCACAUACUGUUUGACACUGUAUUUUAGUUGUAGUAUAGGCACUGUUGGCCUACUGGUUAAAAUGUAAUGAGCUUAUACAGCCUAGUGAAAAUGAUAUUCAUUUUAGCCUACCAUUUACUGAAAUAUUUCAGCCAGCUUGUUGUUCCUUCCCUCUCCCCUUGCACCUGGCUAUCAGUGGAUUGCAGGAAGGUUGUGGCUGUUUUUACUUCAUGGUAAUCUGCUUAUUGUGGUGACUUGGUCUCAGGGAACAUAUCCGAUGCUGCACUAAACAAACAGAUAAGCAAAUGGCCGUAAGAGCGGCGGAGAUUCAGCACCAUGGACGGAGCCGCAGUUUAUAAAUUGCCCGCAAAUCUGACUUUAAUGCCCGUGACCUCGCUAUUGUUAGUGUAACAUCAUGGGAUAACGUUGCAAAUGUCUAUUUCCUCUUGAGCGCUAUUGCAGACACAAUGUAUCAGUCGUUUUGUUAACAGUGAGAAGCAGUUUAUAUUUUGGAGCUUCUGCCAGUGCCACACAGCUAAAGUUAGGAGAUUUGUGAAUGUGAGAUGGAGACUGCCUACCAUAACUACGUUGAGAGGUCGCGUGUAGCCUGCUACAGUUUCAUGAUAGUUAACAAUGCCUGUUAAAAAUUAAAAGGCAUUUAUUGGGGACUUGUGUUGAGUAGACUAAAUUGGUAGGCUGCUUGUGUUGUGAUCCCUAGACUAAUGUGUGAAUGAAGUUGGAUAGUUAAAAUCCAUUUCAUGCAGAUAUUCGCACAUGAGUAUUUUGUAUUCUUCCAAAGAAAUGAUAUAUUAUUGUUCCAGUGAUCGUAAUUUUUCUUCUCGAGAAUCGGGAAGGAGCUUGGUCAGGAAAUCCUGGGAUCCCGGAUUCCUGUGUUAAUCCCUAAUUAUAACAUAGUUAUUGUGAGAUCUGACACCACUUAAGAAUACAGACUGCUGAAUGGGACCUUACCAGGGUCUGCGGCACAAAUGACAACCUAUUCCCUACAUAAAUAAAUAGUGCACAUCCCAAAUGUUAUUACUACUACAGGGGCUCAUCAGCCACUAUGAGCCUUCCCUUGAUCUGACAGGUGGUGGGUGGGAAGACAUCUAAAAGCUCUACCUAACCUGAUGAUCUAACCUACCCUGUGGAGUCACGACUCACGCACAGCCCUCAUCAACAGACUGCCACCGCACAUGCCCAGUGGCCCACAACAACAACAUCAGACAGUGACAUUGUCCUGCGUCCACAUCAAACUAUAAAGAGUGGAAGUUAUAAAAACACAGCCAGCAUCUUAAGUGUUCUUGGAGUUCAAUGGUUCCUACAUGCGGGCACACAGAGAGUAGCAGGCUCAGACACUGGGGCCAUUUUUAAAAACAGACAGAAAAUAGACAGUUCCGCUGGUCUCCACAGAGUUUUCAAACCCAGAGUAGAUUCAAGGCAAGGUCUUAACAUGUCAUUACUCCCACCCUGUGAAGGUGAUACUGACACUUUUUAUUUUAGUCAAAAAACAACUUUAUAUCGAAGGGGUGUUUCUGAUUUGACGGCCCGCACGUGAGCAUAGCUAGCUAACGUCGCCAUGACAUCGCCGACAAACGUGAUCGGGGAUUUCUAUUGGAGAAGCAGUUUCUGGAGCUCUUCAUCUACAGGCCCUUUGGGAUCUCUCUCAUUUGGCUCAGGUGCUGCUCUCUGUCAGUGACAUCAUCAUGGGAAGUCUUUGAGCUCGCGCAAAGAGAUGUCAUGGAGUGGAUUCACCUCUCUCUCUCACGUUGUGUAACAAUGAUGAUGAUGAGGAUGAAGAUGAUGAUGAGCGAAAGGCACAAUGCAGGUGUGACUGACUGUAAGUCCUACUUGAAUAUGAGACUAUUGUCUGUGCUGAUGUGUGAUUAUUGAUGAUAACACUUCUUCAACAUUAGCAUUAUCCACUGUGUGUCUGGAUACAAGAGACUGUACAGGAUGCCCAGGAGAAGAAGAGGGAGGGCAGGUAGGCACUGCCCACCUGGUGCCUGCCCUCCAUGGCCAGCUGAAAAGUCACAUACAUACAAGUACAGACUCAGUGUUGGUAAAGUCACAGUUUUAUCAUAAUUCCAAAAUUCUCAUCUGCUUUUUUCUCUGUGGGGUGUUUUCACUGUACGCAAAAUAAGCCUAUCAUUAUACUGAAUAUGAAUGGAUAUAUGAUCACGGUACAUUUCCAAAAUAAAUUAUUUUUCAAUGGG